GCAGUCUUGAUCCGUCCACGUUCGUCACCGUGUGCGCGCGCCUCGGACAGAAUUUCGGGCCCGUCUUCUUCGUCGUUGACUUGUUUGUUGUUAUUUUGUUUGAAAUUGUUUGAAACAAUAGGUGCUUUAAGUGGCUUGUUGUUUAGUGUUAAGGCCACUUGUAUUAUCAAACAAAACACGCUUAAGCAGCAGAACUUGUAUACGACCUACUGUGCCCAUCGAAGUAACCAUGUGCGUUAGAUAAGCGGAACCUCUAGUCAUAGGAAUACUUAAGCACACUUAAAGUGUUAUUAGUGCUAAAUCGGAGCUCAGUGAACCUUGCGAGGAACGAAGCGUAACCUCUAAACUGUGAUAACUUGCUUGUGCUAUAAAAAGAACCCGCCACAAAAAAAGCAAAAUGUCCCGCGUUGUCCCAGUUCGGCGGGCAUUCUCUUGCACCGCCCUGGUGCUGGGAACACUGCUGCACGUGCUGCACGGUGCCGUGGUUAUCGAGAAAUACCCCCACAUCGUCGAUAACCGGCUCGACGCGACGGGGAAUCUGCUACCGAGCUGUCCAAGCGAAAUUUACUGCCAGGGACAGCUGCUGCACACGGUGCAGAUGAAGGAGAUCUACACGGACUCGAAGACGUUCGUUGACAUGAAGAUGAAGGGCAAGCCGAAGGAAACGCUGGAAGCGUUCAACGCGUUCAUGGCCGAGAAGAACAACGACCCCAGCCGGGAGGAGUUGAAGGCGUGGGUCGAGUCCAACUUUGAGAAGCCGGGCGCCGAGUUCGAGGAAUGGAUUCCGGACGACUGGGUGGCCAGUCCGGCCUUCCUGAAGCGCAUCAAGGACGCCGACCUGCGCGAGUUUGCCAGCAAGCUGAACCAGAUCUGGCACGAACUGGGCCGCAAGAUGAUUGCCGACGUGGCGAUCAACUCCGACCAGUACUCGAUCAUCCCCGUCGAUCAUCCGGUGAUCGUGCCCGGUGGACGGUUCCGGGAGUUUUACUACUGGGACUCGUACUGGAUCGUUAAGGGACUGCUGCUUUCGGAGAUGAAGAAGACCACCCGCGGCAUGCUGGAGAACUUCCUGUCCAUCGUCCAGCGGUACGGUUUCAUCCCGAACGGAGGUCGUAUCUACUACAGCAUGCGCUCGCAGCCCCCACUCCUUUGCGCUAUGGUCAAAGCGUAUGUGGAUGCCACCAACGACACCCAGUUCGCCCAGGAUUCCGUAGACACGCUCGAGCGUGAGUUCCAGUUCUUCAUGAACAACUACCUUGUCGAAGUGAACGGUCAUCACCUGGCCGCGUACGGGUACAAGUCGAGCGGACCCCGGCCCGAAUCGUACCGCGAGGACAUCCUGACCGCCGAGGUCUUCGAGAAGGAAGAGGACAAGCAAGCGUUCUACCUGGAGCUGAAGGCGGCCGCAGAGAGUGGCAUGGACUUUAGCAGUCGCUGGUUCAUCAAGGACGGCACGAACGCUGGCAACCUCACCGACCUCAAGUGUCGAUCGAUCAUCGCCGUCGAGCUGAACGCCAUCCUGUACUGGAACGCGGCCAUAAUCUCGGAGUUUUACAAGCUCAAGAACGACCUCCGCAAGGCACAACAGUACGAAGCGAAAGCGGAUGAAAUCAAGAAAGCCAUCGAUGCCGUCCUGUGGAGCGAAGCCGAGGGGGCCUGGCUCGAUUACGACCUCAUCAACAAGAAGCACCGCAACUACUUUGUCCCAACGAAUCUGUCCCCUCUGUGGACCGGAAGUUACGACAAGCAGGACACAACCCUUCCGAAGAAGAUCAUAAAGUACAUCGAGAAGAACGAGCUGGACAAGUACCCGGGAGGAGUCCCAAAUACCAUUGCCAACACUCACGAGCAGUGGGACUUCCCGAACGUGUCCCCGAUGCAGCACAUGUUGGUCAUGGGACUGGAUGGGUUGAACAGUCAGGAGGCGAAGGAUCUGGCGUACAAGUGGGCCCAGCGGUGGGUGCGCACCAACUAUAUCGCGUACAACGAAACUUCCAACAUGUAUGAGAAGUACGACGCCCAAUCGCUCGGCGGCCACGGUGGUGGCGGCGAGUACGAGGUCCAGAAGGGUUUUGGCUGGUCCAACGGUGCCGUGAUGGAUCUAAUGGACAAGUACGGCGACCGGCUCACAACAGAUGACAGCAAAAGCAAUGCUGGCGCCCUGGUCUCCUACUCGAUAAACACCGGUAUCUUAGCAACCAUCGUAGCCUUCUUCGUUGGCAUCUUUGGGUGAGAAACGACUGAUCCAUCCAAGCUUUGGACUAGAGUGUGUUUGUUAGGCGUGCUGGCUAAAGCAAUGAUGACGUGAAAGCCGCCUAUUUCCUACUAAAACAGCGUGAUACUACUACCUACAAACCGUUUUUGCAUGAUAUUUUCCACAUUCCUACUAUAGUAUUGACUACACGAGUACUCGUUUGAUCCUCCCCUCAUCUAUGUUGAUCAUAGUGAUGCAUGUAGGACGUGUGUGUUGCUAAGCAAUUUGUAAAAAUAAUUAAACAUAUUUUUUAUUAAGAUUUUACUUAUUGCUAACUGAAUGUAGUCGUGUAGAAUAGAUUAGGUAUUUUAAGAGAAAUAAUUUCUUUGCUUCUAUUUAUUUCCGUACAGCAUUUUCCGUCGAUUUUUCGGUCGAUGAUAGUGACCGUGGGAUUGAAAUCCUCGCAAAAA